AUGUCUGUUCGAUAUGCCUCCAGCAAGUACUCAUCCUCCCGCAGUGGAGGUGGAGGAGGAGGAGGGUCAUCCCUCAGAAUCUCGAGCACCAAAAGCUCCCAUGGUGGAGGGUAUAGCUCAGGGGGCUUCAGUGGCGGCUCUUUUAGCCGGGGGAGCUCUAGCGGGGGCUGCUUUGGAGGCUCAUCUGGUGGUGGCUACGGAGGAGGCCUAGGAGGUGGUUUUGGUGGAAGCAGCUUUGGAGGAAGCUUUGGAGGAGGCUAUGGAGGGGGCAGCAGCUUUGGCGGGGGCUUUGGAGGAGGCAGCUUUGGUGGAGGCGGCUAUGGCGGUGGUGGCUAUGGAGGCGGCUAUGGCGGUGGUGGCUAUGGAGGAGGAGACGGUGGCCUUCUCUCCGGAAAUGAAAAAGUGACCAUGCAGAAUCUGAAUGACCGCCUGGCUUCCUACCUGGACAAAGUCAGGGCUCUGGAAGAAUCAAACUAUGAGCUAGAAGGUAAAAUUAAAGAAUGGUAUGAAAAGCAUGGCAACUCGAGCCAGCGAGAGCCCCGCGACUACAGCAAAUACUACCAAACCAUCGAUGACCUUAAAAAUCAGAUUCUCAGCCUGACAACUGACAAUGCCAAUGUCCUGCUUCAGAUUGACAAUGCCAGGCUGGCAGCUGACGACUUCAGGAUGAAGUAUGAGAAUGAGGUUGCCCUUCGCCAGAGCGUGGAAGCAGACAUCAAUGGUCUGCGCAGGGUGCUGGACGAGCUGACCCUCACCAAGGCUGACCUAGAGAUGCAGAUUGAAAGCAUGACUGAAGAGCUGGCCUACAUGAAGAAGAACCAUGAAGAGGAAAUGAGAGACCUCCAAAAUGUGUCCACUGGUGACGUGAAUGUAGAAAUGAACGCUGCUCCAGGUGUUGACCUGACUCAACUGCUGAAUAACAUGAGAAGCCAAUAUGAACAGCUCGCUGAACAAAACCGCAAGGACGUAGAAGCCUGGUUCAAUGAAAAGAGCAAGGAACUGACCACAGAAAUUGACAGCAACAUCGAACAAAUGUCCAGCCACAAAACUGAAAUUACUGAAUUGAGGCGCACUGUCCAGGGUCUGGAGAUCGAACUGCAGUCCCAACUGGCCCUGAAACAAUCGCUGGAGUCCUCGUUGGCAGAAACCGAAGGCCGCUACUGCAUGCAGCUCUCCCAGAUCCAGGCCCAGAUCUCCGCCCUGGAGGAGCAGCUGCAGCAGAUCCGCGCUGAGACCGAGUGCCAGAAUUCAGAGUACCAGAUGCUCCUAGACAUCAAGAUCCGGCUGGAGAAUGAGAUUCAGACCUACCGCAGCCUGCUGGAAGGGGAGGGAAGCUCCGGCGGUCGCGGCGGCGGCGGCGGCGGCCACGGCGGCAGCUACGGCGGCGGAAGUUCCGGCGGCGGCCACGGCGGCAGCUACGGCGGCGGAAGUUCCGGCGGCGGCCACGGCGGCGGCUACGGCGGCGGAAGUUCCAGCGGCGGCGGCGGAAGCUACGGCGGCGGAAGUUCCGGCGGCGGCGGCGGAAGCUACGGCGGCGGAAGCUCCGGCGGCGGCCAGGGCGGAAGUGGCGGCUUCAAGUCCUCCUCGGGCUCCACUGGCGAGCAGUCGUCCAAGGGACCCAGGUCAGCAGAAACUAGCUGGGAUACUAACAAGGUCAGAGUGAUCAAGACGAUUGUGGAGGAGCUGACACCCGAUGGUAGAGUCCUUUCAUCCAUGGUGGAAUCAGAAACCAAGAAACACUACUACUAAGCCGAAUGGAGAGGUGUCUCUUCACCCAGGCCAUUUUAUCAGAUGCGGGGGCUAAAACAAGCGCUUCGGUCUUGAUGGCCUGUGGACAUAGGUUCACUCCUUGAAAAUAAGGUGUCUAAAAAGGUGUUUUGUGGUUUCUGUGUUUCUUCUUUUCACUUAACCAGAAAGUGUUCUUUCAUGGAGAAAAAAAAAAAAAAAGAAAAACUUUCUGUUCCUAUUUACUAAUGAGUUUCAAUAAACUUUCUCACUGAUGCAAACUA